UGUCAGUUUGGCUAGCCUGCGACGCGGACAGUUAACCUCGCUCUUCUCGGAGGCAAGAGCCAGCGACGAGCGCGACGAACCAAUCGCUGCUCGCAUUACGACACACCCUUUAAAUGCUCGUUUCGUUUAUUUUCGAGAAGAUCCCAGCGAGAUAGUGACUGAUAAAAGAUACGUUUAUCUCAUUACGAACAUCUUCUAAUAGGAUUUUGAUGUUCGUCGGCCUAUAACCAAUCGGAGCACUAUGACGGAACAGCAAAUGGAUUGUGCGUUAGAUCUGAUGCGGAGACUGCCACCGCAGCAAAUCGAGAAGAACCUUAGUGACCUAAUCGAUUUGGUUCCUUCAUUAUGCGAGGAUCUAUUGUCUUCGGUAGAUCAACCGUUAAAGAUUGCCAAGGAUAAGGAGUCUGGCAAGGACUAUCUUCUGUGUGACUACAAUAGAGAUGGAGAUUCAUAUAGAUCUCCUUGGAGCAACACUUACGAUCCUCCGCUUGAAGAUGGCUCGAUGCCUUCCGAACGACUGAGGAAACUGGAAAUAGAUGCUAAUCAUGCUUUCGAUCAAUAUCGAGAGCUCUAUUUCGAAGGCGGGGUCUCUUCGGUGUACUUGUGGGAUCUGGAUCAUGGAUUUGCAGCGGUGAUUCUUAUUAAGAAGGCUGGCGAUGGUUCCAAGAAGAUUAAAGGUUGUUGGGACUCGAUACAUGUGGUAGAAGUGCAGGAGAAAUCAACUGGUCGCACUGCUCAUUAUAAACUCACAUCGACAGCCAUGCUGUGGUUACAGACCAACAAGCAUGGCUCUGGUACAAUGAAUCUGGGUGGCAGUCUGACACGUCAGGUAGAACAAGAUGCUCAGAUUAGCGAAACGUCCCCUCAUAUCGCGAAUAUCGGCAGAAUGGUGGAAGAUAUGGAAAACAAGAUCCGCAAUACGCUGAACGAGAUCUACUUUGGUAAAACAAAAGAUAUCGUGAACGGGUUGCGAUCGGUACAAUCUUUGGCUGAUCAAAGACAACAGGCUGCGCUCAGGCAGGAUCUUGCGGCAGCGCUACAGAGGCGAAACGCCAAUAAUUGAUCCUGUGAACAACAAGAAAGCUUUGAUUAUGAUUGCGAAUAAAUUUCGUGGUAUUUAUGGAUCCUUUAACUUUGCUUGGGAUCUUUCAAUUUUUCACAGACGUUUUUAUAUUUUUGGAAUCCGUGAAAUCUUUUAGAUUUUCUUAGAAAUGCUAAAUUUCUUAUGACUCUUCUAUCUGUUUCCCAACAGUCUUAAAAUCUUUUUGGACAUUGGGAAUUUUAAAUGCUGCAAUCUAGACUUUUUCAAGUCACACAGUAUUCAUAAAAAUCGUAGAAUUCCUGGAAUCAAGGUCAGUUUACAUUUUUUAAAUAUGACAUUUAUUACAGCAUUUUGUUGCCCAGACACAUGGAUCAAUCACGAACGCGUUGAUUAAACCUAAACAGUAUGAAAUAAUUUGUUUAAUAUGGAAUGAAAUAGAAUUUAUUGUAAAUAUGCGGGAAAGGUGCAACGCGUUUUAGAAUGGUAAAUUAGAUAAAAAAAUGUAAAAUGCAAAAGAAAGAGUGAGUUAUAAUGUUAUAGUAUAACAUUUACUAUACAUAAAAGGAGAUCUCGAAAAAAUUACAUUAAUUUUUAGCAAUUAGCAAUUUUCUUUUUUCGGUUUGUAUUAAGUUUGAUAUAUAUGGAAAGAUGGUAAUAACUCCAUAACAUUUUUAUAAUGUUUAAAAAAAUAUCAAUAUUUCGCUUAUAUAUAUAUAUAUAUAUAUACUGUUUAGGAUUAAAUUUAAAAUCGUGUAAUUAAACGCUGAAACUGAUAUAUGUAAAGUUGGAAAAGAAAUAUCGCAUCGCAAUUAUUGUAAGAAGAAAUCUAUCUUCGCAAAUGAGAAGCUCUUUAAAAGCUACACAUAGAAAUUAUAAAUUUAUCUUUAUUUAUAUUAAUAUUGUUUAAAUAUGAAUUUAAACUUAAAAUUUUUGUAACAUUUGGAUGUAUUGAAGAAUAUCCCGUUAACAUAUUAUUUAGAAUUAAAUUUUAACAUAGCUCACACAUCCUCCGAGGGAUAGUAUAUAAAACAAUUUAUUUACGUAAAAAUCCAAAAGGAGCGAUUGCAUUUUGCAUUUGUUAUAAUAAUAAUGAAUCCAUAUAUAGUGCGCAAAUAAAAGUUUUCAAAUUAAAUUUUAUUCGUUUGUAUUAAAUAUUUUAUGAGUACAAAAAUCUGUCAGUACCAUAGAUCCUCGAAGUCAUAGAUCCUUGUAUAUCGCAGCGGGAAGGGGCGGGGGGAGGAUACACAUGAUAUUUAUAUAUAUUCUGGAAUUUCAUGGAUCUUUGAUACUACAAAUCCUUGGACUAAUGAGUUAUUAGAAUCUCAAAGAUCGCUAGUACCACGAAUCCUUGCGUCUCUAAAACGAUAAUUGUUAAAAAUUUCUAUCCCGAUCCUUAAAACUUCUGAAUUUUUGAUACACACGAAAUAAUGUCGACAUAUUAAAGACUCUUGGUACUAUGAAUCCUUGAAAUCUUGACUGCGCAACCAUACAUUUCGAGAAUGUCGCAUAUUCUAUGAUCCAUGGGGGUGCGCUUAGAUUAUUCCUCGUAAAUAAAGAGGCACACAAAAAUAACGAAUAGAAUUUGUAAGUACGUAAAACACAAGAAAAAGAAAAGCAUGUUUUUUACGUUAGUGCCUUUUUUUUACACUUUUGUGAAUUACCCCACCCCCCGAUUACCCAUAUAAAUUAUUUUACUAUUACAUAUAUUAUUAACUUAAUGAGAUGUAAUUUAACAUUUUUUUGCGAAUUUUGAAUAAUGGCAGUGUGCGGGCGAGUCAGUCUAAGAGAAAGGACUGAAAAAGAAAGGACGUCACCACACAUCAUUUCUCUGCGUGAAUAUUUUUCCACUAUGUCUAUACUAUUUUUUUUUUUUUUUUUAAAUUGAUUUCUUUUUUGGUUAUAGAGUUAACAAUCAAAAUAAUUAUGAACCUGGUCCAACAUAGCACACAUAGAUUACAGACGCUGAUUUAUUUCUCAUAUUAAUUAAUUAUUCGAUAUUUUGUUUAUUUCGAUUAUAAUAGAUGAGUUUUCGAUUUUAAUGUCGUCGCCAAAAGAUCAAAGUCAUCAAGGAAGGCGCGUUAUUUCGAGUUCCCUUUCAUAAUAAAUGAUUAAAAAAUGGAAUUUUAUAUAAAAUAUAUAAUUUUAAUAAAGAGGGAUAUAUAAGAGGAUAAUAAUUAUUAGAUAUACAUCGAAAUUUAUAUGUAUAUAUAUUUGACGAUUUGGGGACUUCGUAUUCAUUUGUUAAAUAAAGGAAUUUUAUUAAAUGUUUGAAGGACAUUUAAUCGCUAGGAACAUAUUUGAAACCGUAAUCCUAACACACUAACACAAAGCUCGGAGAUGCGGAAGGAUUCUCGCAGCAAGUUGUAAGCAAUCUGGAUGUUUUAUGGGAAAAAAUUAAAAAUUUUUUAAAAUUCAGAAUUUUGUUUUAUUAAACAGUAGAGGUUUUGCUAAUAAAAAAAAUAAAAUGGGAAUAUUGCAAGGACGCCAAAUUAAACAAAUUCCGAGUGACAAAAUGUUUCUAUGGGAGGGCAAAAAAACGUAUACCUUCCAAUGAUAACUGUGAUUAUACACUCUUGUAGUUAAUUAUCUGCUUAUAAUUAUUUCUAAUCAUUCAGACUGCACCAUCGGAACAAUUUUUUUUUUUAUACAAACGAUGACACGAGAUAAAAAGGAUCUAAGGGAAAGAUUCUUUACGCACAUUUGCAAGUUCACACAAGAAUCUUCCACUCACUGUUCUAUCUUUUUGCUAAUUUUAGUGUUACGUCGUCUAAUUAAAAGAUUAGAUAAUUAUCUCGUCGAGUGAAAGCGGCUCGUGUAACCUGUUCUGAAAAAUGUUUAUUAAAACGAAAUAUUACAACAAAAUGUAAUAAAGUCUGAGCAUUCAUAAGCCAAUUACAGUCUUUGAACAUGAUGCGAUAUCGCAUUGCGCCGCACCGGCCAUAUCAAAGCGCACAAAUUGUUAUCUUGCAUGAUCUCGACGUUCUUGGAUUUAGAGGUCUACACAUAUAUCGUAUCUUAAUAUCGUUAGACAUUAUAACUUUGAGCUUUUACAUAUUGUUGAUUAAAUUCUUAUAUUUCUAGAGUUCCGACAAGAUAUUUUCAUCACUAAAUUUUUACGUUUCUUAAUCUUUCAAUGAAAAAUAUCAAGACCUUUGUGCAUAGCAAGCUCGUUGAUAUAUAAAAAAAAAUCUUAAUUAAAAACUUUCAGAUCUUCCGAUUUUGAAAUUCAUAGCUAUCGAGCAUUUUAAAUUACCGAUUUCUUUCCGAUUUCUCGUUUAGAAAUUAAAGAUUAGAAUGUUGAAAUUUUAUUUCAAAAUUCUCGAAUCUCAUUAGAUAUCAAAAAUUUCGAAUUGCCAUCGUUGAAUUCGCAAAUUUUUAAUUAUCGGAAAAUGAAAUGUGAUAUUUUUAAAUCCUUCCAGAUUCUUAAACAAGAAAAAUUCGAAUGUUCAACUUUUGUGCAGUUAGAUUGUAUUAGACCUAAAAAUCUCGAGAACUCAAGUUCUUUCCACAAAAAAAAGGGAAAAAAAGAAGAAAUCUUGUAGACCAUUAUAUGUAUAAAUUCUGUAUAGUGAAACGCCAGUCUUGUUUAUAAUCAUUAUGAAUCGAUCAUCAGGAAAGAUGCUUGAAGUGAGCUGCUUUGUGUCGGGCAUCGCUAGCAUCCCAUGAAAAAUUGUUCCGCGCGCGCGCGUUAAAGACUCUAGAGUCCUUUUUCCACGACCUCUUCGUAUUGGUCUCCAACAAUUUUUUCUCUCUCUUUCUCUCUCUCUCAUUCUCUCA